CGCAUCAGCCUUGCAGCCACAAACCCCGCGCCCCACACUACCUUGCAGCGAACCUGAAUCGUGGGACAAGCCGUCAACCUUUGACUCACAUUCCAAGCUUUGUCGUUUCCGCCAAAACACAAGAGGACGGUAGUUUCACAUACAAUCCUGCAUCGCACAUCUCAUAUCGCACGAUCCAUUUGACGGGACCAAAAAUCACAAUUCACCAUUUAGGAACCUCAAGUCUCAAGAUACCUAAUCAAUACAUGUCCAAGCAAGGUGGCAGGGGCGGGGCGGCCGCCGCCAAGGGGAAAAAGUCGGCCAAGCCCGGCGCUGGCGACAAGAGAGAAGACGUUCUCCAAGCUGUCAUCCUAGCCGACUCCUUCCAAGACAGGUUCAAGCCAUUUACAUUAGAGAAGCCUAGAUGCCUCCUGCCCCUCGUCAACGUCCCCAUCAUUGAGUACACGCUUGAGUUCCUGGCUUCAAAUGGCGUCCAGGAAGUCUUCAUAUACUGCGGCGCACACUCCGAGGAUGUCGAGAACUACAUUCAGGCUUCCCCGCGUUGGAGUCCCGGCAGCACAAUAUCUCCCUUCGCUACGCUCGACUUCAUCCGUGUCUCCAAUGCCAACUCGGUUGGCGACUUCUUGCGCGAUUUGGAUAAACGAGGCCUGAUUGCCGGUGACUUCAUCCUCGUCCACGGCGAUUUGGUUUCCAACAUCCAAUUGGACGCCGUGCUUGCGAAGCACCGCGCAAGAAGAGAACAAAGCUCGGAUAACUGCAUGACCAUGGUCCUGCGAUCUGUCGGGGAGCAGCCCCAUCGGGCGGCAAAGGCGAGGGGGAUUACUCCCGUUUUCGUCGUUGAUUCAACGACGGGCCGGUGUCUGCAAUACGAAGAGACACAUCCCCUGCAGAGUGACCACUACCUGACCCUGGAUCCAUCACUUCUUUCUCACGGCGAGUUCGAGAUCCGGAGCGAUCUUGUCGACUGCGGCAUCGACAUCUGUACCCCUGAGGUACUGGCGCUGUGGUCCGAAAGCUUCGACUACGAGUUGCCGCGGAAAAACUUCCUUCAUGGCGUCCUGAAGGACUGGGAGUUGAAUGGGAAAAUGAUUUAUGCCGAAAUUUUAGAUGACGGCUAUGCGGCUCGUGCCAGCAACCUCCAGAUGUACGAUUGCAUCAGCAGAGAUGUACUCGAGCGGUGGACACUCCCGUUUGUACCAGACAGCAACUUGCUGCACGGCCAAACCUACAGACGAGUAAAAGGCGGUUCAUACAUGGAGGACCAUGUCUCAGUCGAAAGGGGAAGCAAAGUCGCACAAUCUGCCGUUGGGAAAGGGACAGAAAUCCAGGCUGGGAGUUCAAUUUCCCGAAGUGUCAUUGGGAGGCGGUGCAAGAUUGGGAAGAACGUGAGGAUUGAGGACAGCUACAUCUGGGAUGAUGCGGUAAUAGGGGACGGUACUUCCGUAGUCCACUCAGUAAUAGCGUGUUCGGCCGUGGUCGGCGCUGGCUGUCGGAUCCCGGAGGGCUCUCUAAUUUCGUACAACGUACAGAUCGAUAAUCACAUCCAACUACCGCCUAGGCCAAUCCCGCGGAUCUCCUUGUUAGCGGACGAAGGAAAGACAGCCAAGACAGACCCGUCGCUCGUCGGACCAACUGGCAAGGGCGCGUCGUACCAAUUACCCACCUUUGAUGAAGACUCGGACGACGAGGAGGAAGGUCAGAGAGACCCUUCGAUCCUACAAAGCUCACUGAUCUAUUCGCUCGAGGCCCUCAACCUCUCUACAUCAUCUAUAUCAACCCUCGCUUCAGGAGCCUACGACUCCGAAGACAACAUGUCUACAGCCAGUUCUCUCCACGCCGGCGAAGCUGGCCAGACCCGCAGUCGGGUCUCGUCCUUCACCUCGGACGCGUCCAGCAGGGGCGGCUUUCACAACGACGCCGUCCACGGCCUCGUCGACGCCCUCCGCGCGGACGACAGUGAGGACUUUGACUCGGCCAAGCUCGAGUUCAUGGGCCUCCGGCUGGCCAACAACGCCUCGGACAGCGCCAUGCGCCGCGCCAUCACCGUCGCCUUUUGCAGGCGCGCCGCCGAGCUGCUCGACCCGCAGCAUGGCGGGCUGGAGCCCACCAAGGCCGCCGAAAAGGCCCUCACGGCCAAGCGCAACGCCGUGCGCUUCAUCAAGGAGGUCGGCGUCGGCGGCGACGAGGUCACCCAGCAGGCCGAGUUUGCGCUGGCCCUGCAGCGCGCGCUGCUCGGCGAGCGCGAGCACCAGCAGCACCUCGAACUCGCCCGCGCAGGCACCCUCCUCGCCGCUAUGCUGCAGCAGCUGUAUAGUCUUGACGUGUUGGAGGAGGAUGGUAUCCUGGCUUGGUGGGGGGAUAAGCGGGCCUCGGAGAGCGAGGAGAUGGCCAAGGUCAAGGAAAAGUGCCGCGUGCUGGUGGAGUGGCUGGAGAAUGCUGAUGAGGAGGAGGACGAGGAGGAUGAGGAUGAGGAUGAGGAUAGCGACUGAAUUCGGCGCUUCUCUAUCAGUAUUUCUGGAUGAUUCCGGUGCUGAGGUGCCUACCGUCCCUCUGGGACCAGGAGCAGACAGCUGGGUAGAUGUCGGUGCUUGUGUGUAUGGCAUUACGGUGCCUCUGCUAUAUGGCUGAUACGGGUAGACAAAGAAUCCCGAGAGACUAGGCUUGGUAUUACCUUUUUUCCUCAUGUCCCUGGAAUAUUGCUCCGUCUCGCCCGGUUUGGGAGACAUCGUCCGGUCAGUACAAUACAAUACAGGAGAGACAGACAGCCCUAGGCAAACAGUAACGUAGGGUAGCUAGGACCUCGAUUGCUAUCCAACGCUAUGUAUUGUACAUAUAUCCCCUAGCAAACCCUAUCGAACGAGACCAGAACGUUCCCAAUCCCUGUGUCUGUUCUAGUACUGUAUGUAUAUACAUGCCCAGG